AUGGCUUCAAACCCUAUUAACCAAGGCUUCAUCUUGAUACUAGUACUAACCUUUGCCUGUUUCCAAAUAGCAAUCUCUGGGGAUGCAGAUAUACUCUCUGAUUUUAUAGUGCCACCAAAUGCUACCAUUGAUGGCAAGUUGUUCACUUUUACCGGCUUACGGUCUCUUGUUGGGGCUAAACCACCAACAGCUUUCACUGUUUCGAAAGGAAGCUUGGCAGAGUUUCCAGCUCUUGAUGGACAAAGUGUUUCGUUUGCAUUUUUACAAUAUCCACCUGGUACACUGAACCCUCCUCACACUCAUCCUCGAGCAGCUGAGCUGCUGUUUCUUUUUGGAGGUUGCCUUGAAGUGGGAUUUGUUGACACAACUAACAAGCUUUACACACGGACACUCGAAGCUGGAGACAUGUUUGUGUUUCCGAAGGGACUUGUUCACUACCAGUAUAAUAAUGAUCCUGGGAAUAUGGCUGUAGCAGUGUCUGCCUUCGGUAGUGCAAGUGCUGGAACUGUGUCGAUUCCGAGCACUUUGUUCACAACUGGCGUUGACAGUGGGAUUUUGGCAAAGGCUUUCAAGACUGAUGUUGCUACCAUAGAAAAAAUCAAGGCAGGUUUGGCACCUAAAGCCUGA